AUGGAUUCUAGUUCUCAUCAGAACUGGCUCGGUUUCUCUCUUUCCAACCAUCAUCACAUGAAUAAUAUUGACAUCUCUUCCUCUUCUGAUUCCUCUCACCUCUGUCUCUUUGAAGCCUUUAACACUACCCCCACCGCCACCACCACCUCAGCACAAGAAGAAAAUGCAGUAGCUGCUGCUAGAGCUACAGAUAUCUCUUUAUUUACAACUUCGGGACCCAAGCUUGAGGACUUUCUUGGUGGUUGCACCACUACUCCAUCACAACCACCAUCACAACAACUGUGUGGUCAGUUCUCUACUGAGACAGCCGUGACUACUACUGCUACUACUGUAUCUGACAGUACGACUUCUGAGAUAUAUGACUCUGAGCUCAAAACUAUAGCUGCUAGCUUCCUUCGUGGUUUUGCCUCUACUGAUCAUCAACAAACCGAUAGUACUCAAAAACAUCAACAGCUUCUUGUUCAGGCUGAACAUGCACCAAAGAAAACUGCUGAUACUUUUGGCCAACGUACUUCAAUCUAUAGAGGAGUCACCAGGCAUAGAUGGACUGGCAGAUAUGAAGCCCAUUUGUGGGAUAAUAGUUGCAGAAGGGAAGGCCAAAGUAGAAAAGGAAGACAAGGUGGCUAUGACAAGGAGGAGAAGGCAGCUAGAGCGUAUGAUCUUGCAGCUCUCAAGUAUUGGGGUCCGACCACCACCACAAACUUUCCGGUUUGUAACUAUGAGAAGGAACUAGAAGGGAUGAAGCGCAUGACAAGGCAAGAGUUUGUUGCGUCACUUCGAAGAAAAAGUAGUGGUUUCUCUAGAGGAGCCUCGAUUUACAGAGGAGUGACAAGGCAUCAUCAACACGGUAGGUGGCAAGCAAGAAUAGGAAGAGUUGCCGGCAACAAAGAUCUCUAUCUUGGCACCUUUAGCACACAAGAGGAAGCUGCCGAAGCUUAUGACAUUGCAGCAAUCAAAUUUAGAGGCCUAAAUGCUGUAACCAACUUUGACAUGAGUCGCUAUGACGUAAAAAGCAUAGCUAACAGCAAUCUUCCCAUUGGAGGAAUAUCUGGCAAGUCAAAAAAUUCCUCAGAAUCAGCUUCUGAUAGCAAAAGUAUUGAUGGAAGCCGAUCCGAUGAUCGAGAUCUCUCUUCAGCUUCCUCAGUAUCCUUUCCUUCUCAGCCUGCAACGUCCACUCUUAGCUUUGCCAUACCCAUCAAACAGGACCCAUCAGAUUAUUGGACCAAUAUCCUCGGAUACCAAAACAUCACCACCACCAUGAACAAUGCCAAGAACAGUAGCAACAUUGUUGCACCCAGCACUUUAAUUCAAUCCUCCACUAGUGGUCCUGCUUUUCAAAGUCCAACAGCUUUCAGUAUGGACUUCUUCAAUGCAAAUCCAUCAGCCAAUGAAAGCAACAACAGUGGGCUAGUAUUCAACGGUGGUUAUAUGCAGCAACAGAGUGCUGGUAAUGGGAUUAGUACAUCAUCAUCAAGUUCAAAUAUCCCAUUUGCUACACCCAUCGGCAUGCAUAGUAAUGGUGGCAGUUGCGAGGGUAACUCAAGUUACAGUAGCUGGAUUGCUCAAUCUUUGCAUUCUUUCCAAUCUGUAAAGCCCAACCUCUCAGUGUAUCAGUCCCCUAUUUUUGGAAUGGAAUGA